ACAUAAGCUUCAGCAUAGCUCUCCUGGAUAUUGUUUACAAGAUUAAUGAAAGAGAAAAAUGAAGGAGAAAGACCAAACUAUUGAUAUUGUGGAAAUAAUAGACUCUUCAAAAAUAAAACUGCUGUCCAGUAGCAUUUUGGAUAUAUACAACAGGGACCAAGGAUUGUCACCUUCUAAUAUGGGUCUUACAAAUGCUUCCUGCCCAUCUUCUCUACCAGUAAAAAGGGAAAUCACAGCAGAUACACGAGCAAUGGCAAAGGAGAGGCAAAAAAAGGACAACCACAACCUCAUUGAAAGAAGAAGAAGGUAUAAUAUUAAUUACCGAAUCAAGGAGCUUGGCACGCUUAUUCCAAAAUCUAAUGAUCCUGAUAUGCGCUGGAACAAAGGAACUAUUUUAAAAGCAUCAGUGGAGUACAUCAAGUGGCUACAAAAAGAACAACAGAGAGCUAGAGAAUUAGAACACAGACAGAAGAAAUUAGAGCAGACUAACAGAAGACUUCUACUUCGAAUUCAGGAACUAGAAAUACAGGCUCGUGCACAUGGGCUACCACUCAUGUCUUCAUUCAGUGCUGUGGAUGUAGCUGCCCAGGUCAUCAAGCAACAGACAUAUCCAGAGGAGAAUUCCAUAGACUAUUCUCAGCAACUGGUUCUGGUACAUGGACCAAGUGCUGACCUUUGUGAUGGAUCAACAGCCUUUUCUGAUCCUCUCUCGCACUUCACCGAUUUGUCUUUUAGCGCUGCUUCAAAAGAAGAACAAAGGUUGGAGGAAAUCUUGCUGGAUGACACAAUAUCGCCAUUUGGAACAGAUCCACUCUUGUCUUCAAUAUCGCCUGCUGCAUCAAAAGAGAGCAGCAGAAGAAGUAGCUUUAGCACAGAUGAUGGAGAUGAUUUCUAAAACUAGAAAGGGCAUAAUUAAUUUUUAUAAUCAUUUGCUGGUGCUAAGAGAUUGUGUUAUGAAUUUAAGUGUGAUGUCUGUACUCAGUUCAAAGAAGGUGGAGAACUGUUGUGCACGUAAGCUGCUGCAUGGGUAGGAUGUAGGUGAGUGCAUAUUUCACAGAAAGACGAAAGAUGGACAUGGAUUCAUAUCUCUUUGCCCAAAAUUGACUACAUCUGUUCAGAGCUAGCAUUUGCACAAACUCUUCCUUAUUCACUUGGAAGGCUUUAGCCAUUUCCCCCCCGCAUUCUCACAGCAGUAUUAAGAUGGUUCCCAGGAAAAUGAACAUCCACGUUGCAAAAACAUAUUCAAAUGCUCUGUUGAAUCUACCACUCGCUUCUCUCAAAUUUAACGAUGUUUUAGUCAGAAAUAUUUGUUAAUUUCUUUUUAAGUGAAAAGGAGAAAUUUCAAUGAAUACAAUUGCAACACAACAAUGAGGAAAUGUUUGAAUGUGAUGUUCCUGCAAUAGAGAGGUUACAAACAUCAAAAGAAAGGGAGCACAGCGCUCUUGUCAGAGUAAAGUCAGCAUAAAUUCAGUGCUUCAUGAACUGCAUCUCUUCCUUUUUAUAAUGAAACCACAAAGUCCAUAAAGUUGUUUUUAGAAUCCUUAUAAUUUCCGUUUUAUUCCCAUUUAGAAAAGUAUCCAAUAUUUUAUGUUUAUUUUCUAACACUUUACUGCAACCGAAGAAAAACAAAAACUAACAUAAUGAUAGUGAUUUAAAAGAAUUAAUUAGACAGAAACAGAUGCAAGGUUUAAGCAGCUUCAAGGCAGAUUCUGUUCAGGCAACAGAACAUACUAAGAAUGCAGGUAUGUUCAAGACACAAUUAACAUAUUCAGUGUUACAGUUAGUACAAAUAAAAACAGCCAUUAAUGCUAAUUUGGCUAACACCAGCUCUUUGUCGCAAACUCUUCUCUCUACUGUUUUUCUUGAGAAAGCUUUUUCCAGAUGUGAAUUGUACCAUGUUUCCUGUUAAGGCAUAAUAAGGUUUUUCUAAAUGGACUAUAUCUAAUUUGAUACCUACGUCUAUGAGCCAGUUGAUAUGGAAGGCAAUGCAUUGGAUUCCCAUUAUAUACAUUUUGUCAGAGAGAAUUUCACUUUAAAUUCGUCUCUAGAUUCACUAUAAAAAUGAAGUAGGCAGACCUUGGAAUCAUAAGGGAUAUUCCUGAUACCUAUUGAUAUGAUCCACUGCUUUCUAACAUGCUAGUAUUGGGCACUCACAAAACAUGAGGUUUGGCAGUUGGAGGGCAGGUAGAAGACACAUGAUUUUUGUACAUAGUGGGAUUUUGGAGAGUGAUGUAUAUACUUGGAAUAGAUGAUGUGCAAUCAUUCUAAUUCUAAUCAUAAUACACUGGAAAUUGAGCGGGCCCAAGUUCUUCAAAGCUUUCCUCAACUGAGUCAAAAGAUCAUUGUGGGGGUCUUGGUGCAAGUCAAAAAAUGUUUCAAAAGUAAAAGUGUUGUGUUCCACUUUGCUCUGCCAGAGCCUGCCUAAAAAAGGUAUCUUAUAGAUAUGGGUAGUGGAGUAGCUAAGGGAGAGUCAAUUGGGCUGCUAGUUGAGUGAAUGGACAUUUAUUGUCCAAGAAUAAGUCUUUACCCUGAUAGAUUCAUUUUCUUUAAAAAAAAACAAAUUGUGCCCAGAAGUCAAAUGAGACCUCCUGGAAUAUCCAUUCAGGUUGCUAAAUGGAUAGUUCCCUUAGGUAAAUGUUUUUACAGGGGCCAUAGCCCAGGCCUGACUAGUGAGCUACAGCAUAUCCAAACAGUUUGAGGUCUAUAGUUUCCUUAUCUGGUGUACUCUUGAUGGAAUUUUAUCUUCUCAUUCCAUUUCACUUGGACUGACUUCAGUGCAUUGCUAGGGGUUUAAGACAAGGAUUUAUAAAUUGUAUAAUUGCAUCCAAGGGUCUAGAAAGCAUUGCAGACAUGUAGUAAAACCCAUCUCUAUCUGUCUAAAGGAAACAUUUGAGUUUUUCUGUCAACUCAAGGAGUUCUAUUAGCUCAUAUAAAUCAAAUGAUUUAGACUGUUAGUGCUUUGGGGCAGGGACUCUCUUCUUGUUAUAUGAGUGUAUGAGUGCCUAUUACAAUGGGGCUCUGAUCCUUGAUUGAGGCCCCUAGUUGUUACUACAAUGCAAAUAAUAAAUAAUAACAACUGACAUGUUAAGUAUUUUUUUUAAAGAACAUAGGGAAGGGGAGCAUGAAGGGAAUUGAAUAUAGGAAGAAGAGCCAUUUUAAUUAGAAUAGCUCAGUAAACUAGGAUCAUCAGGAGAAGAGCCUACUUCACUAGAGUUCACAGUUUUGUCAGGGACUAGCUCAGCGGUUUUCAACCCGCAGGCUGCAUGCGACCCAAUUAGCACACAGCUGCGGCCUAGCUCAGCUGUGUGCUAACGGCUUCUCCAUGUGGUGGGAUCUGGGUUCCCGGCUGCCUGCAGUGACAGGGUCUGGGGCUGCCGCCCAGCCCCACAAGCUCUGGAGGUCUGGGGUGGAGCAGCCGCCAGGGCCUGUGAGCUCUGGGGUCAGGCACCGGCUGGCCCUGCGAGCUCUGAGGGUCGGGCAGCCAGCCAGUCCCGUGAGCUCCAGGGGUCUGGGGUCGGGGUCUGGGCUGCCACUCGGCCCCUGCAGCCCAGGUAAUACAUUGUGGGCCGCAUAUGUAGCCCACAAUGAUAAAUAAGUUGAGAACCACUGGACUAACUUGUAGUGAAAGUCAAAUACAAAAUAGGAUAUAUCCAAAGUAACAUUCAUGCACAGAUUCCUAAUUUACGAUGUGUAUUGCCCAUUUCAACCGCCAAAGGGAGGGAAUUGUUGGCUAAUGUCAAGUAUUUUCAUUUGUCUUUGUGCUGUAGUUUCUACUACAUUAGUUUUAAAUACACCAAUGUGAGUUUGCUCAUAAUGGAGAAAAAGAAAUUAAAUAUGAAUGUGUUACAUGAUUUUCCCAUUGAAUUUUUAGACCAUACCUAGGAACCAUAUUGACUUUAAGGAAGAUUCUGAAUUUAAUCACUUCUACAAGUGCUGCCCUAAAAAAGUAUUACAGUGCAUCCAUGAAUUUUUUUAAAGUUCAUUUUUAUUCAUCUUACAAUGCCCUCAAUAUGAAACACCAGAUGUAUUUUCUGCAUGAGAAAUCUAACAGGCGGUGCUUCUAUUUCCAGAUACUGACUGCUGUCUCUGCAAAUAAAUAUAUUGACAACAACUACACUCUCAUCAAGCUGUAGUCAUUCAUGAAAAUGCUUAUGUUAAUGCACAUGAUGAUAAUGCCAUGUCAAUGCCAUCAAAUCAUUUUUCCAGUAGAAAUUCAUCAUUUCAAAUAAUCAUUAGGUAUUUUCAUGAAUUACUACAACUUAAUAAAAGAUAUAGUGUCACCCCUGAAAUCAGUGAUAUAGAGUGGAAAAUACUUCUCCGACACAUCUGCUAGGGGAUGAAUCUUUGGGGGAAAAAGAAAAUUAAGUUGGCUGCUUAGUGGCAGAGUCUAUAGUUUCCUGGUUUGAUCUAUUAAUACAAACACGUUAAUGCUUACAAAAAAGGCAAUGGAGAGGUGCCCUACUGAGUUAAGGAAGCUUCAGAGAAGGCUAGCUGGCCAGAGCUAUCUCUGUGUUGGUCUCACUAUCCAAAACUUCCUAGAAUAACAAAUUCUCUGUGUCAGCUCAGCUUUAGGGAGAUGGUACUAAAGCUUAGUACUUUUUAAACCAGGGCACAAUACUUUCUUCAUUGCACACCUGUGCAGAGGAAAGGGAUUUGAUGAAUAUGGGGACAAAUCCUGAAGCAAAACUCCUAUUGAUGUCAAUGAGUAAAUUAUGUAUUGGGACUGCAGCUUUUGGUGCAUGAGCACUAUGUCCAAAUUAUUUCUAAUACAGCCUUGUUUGUUGAAGUCUAUACAAGAGGUGUGGAGUGUGUCUAUGACUCAGGCCCUAAGAAAGAAAACUCCUACAAUUCUUCUAGGAUAUCCACUAUCCACAGGUGCUGGAACUAGGGGUGCUGGGGGUGCAGCAGCACCCUCUGGUUUGAAGUGGUUUCCAUCAUAUACAGGGUUUACAGGUUGGUUCAAUGGCUCUCUGCACCCCCACUACACAAAUUGUUCCAGCACCCCUGCCACUAUCUUCAUUUUUUACAGAUAUGUUAAAUGAGGAGCUUUUGCCCAUUUUCAUAUUAAAAGCUGGUUGUCAUAUUCUUACAGUAUACAUGAACCAGUGAACUGAUAAUUAUACAAAAGGAAAGGGAGUUGAAAUAUUACCAUCUUGUUUAAUUCAUGAAAUGGAUAUAGAUACUAUACUAAGAAAUGAGACCUAAAUUAUUUCACUAUCUACACUGGGGAUACUGUUUGAAAAGGUACAGUAAGUGCAAACAUUUUAACAAACAGAACUGCAGUUGCUUUAUAGGGUAAAGGACUAAAUAUAAUUCAGUCAUUUAAUCUUAAUAAGAACAUUGUUAUUAUAAUUCCUUUUGACUUUAAUAGGGCUGUAUAUAUGAAUGGAGGUUGUAAAAUUAUUGUAAUUUAAAAUUAUGUUAAAUCUGUUAGAUCAGUAAAGGCAUUUACAUUACUAGCAUGAGACUAGAAUAUUUUUAUAAUAAUUGCUAUUUUUCAUUGUUAACCAUACAGUAUCUUGUUUUCUAAGUAAAUGUAUGUGACAGAAUAUACUUUAUUACAUACUGUACAUGCAAUCUUUAUAAAAAUACACUUGAUAUGUCCUGGUAUUUUAUGUUUAUUAUAUUAAUACAAUUAAAGAACUAAAAUUAAAACAUUUUUUUUAUAUAUCCCUUGUGA